GCAUGAGCGCAGAUGACUCACUCCAUUCCUUAACUUAUAAAGCUCAUGCAUGGACAAGCUGAAGUUGGGGCUGCACGGCGUUAGAUCUCCAGUGAAUCCAAGAGCAGAAACCCCAAACCUUAGAAGUUAAUCAACUUUAACGUAAACAGAAAACAAGAUGGAAAACCUGUUGCAGCUGUCAGUCUUCCUGGCUGCUGCACUGUUCGCAGCGUCCACCACCGUAAUGGACAGAAGAAAUCAGUUCACAGAAGCAGUGACCUACCUGAGGCAGUUUGGAUACCUCGACACUCCACUGGAUGUAGAGGCCCAAGGACAGUGGAGCGAUGAGGAAAUACAAGAAGCCAUCAGUCUCUUUCAGAAAGUGUCAGGCUUGCCAAUCACUGGAAAAAUCGAUGAAGCCACUAUUAUGCAAAUGAGGCAGCCACGCUGUGGUGUGGAGGACCCUUUCAACCAGAAGACUAUGAGAUACAGGAGGUUUGGUGGAGUUUGGAGAAAGAGAAGCCUCACUUAUCGUAUCUAUAACUACACCCCAGAUAUGGGGAAGGCUGCUACUCAGAGGGCCAUCCGAUCUGCCUUCAAGUACUGGAGUGACGUCGCUCCCUUAAGCUUCAAGGAGGUCGACUACGGCCGUCCAGACAUUAGAAUCUCCUUCCAUGAUAGGAAGGGAUGUCCCUCACCUUUUGAUGGGCCAGGUCAUGUACUUGCUCAUGCUGAAGCACCUCCUUCAGGGAUCGUCCACUUCGAUGAGGAUGAGUUCUGGACGGAGGGCAAGUACUACGGCUCCAACCUGCGCAUUGUCGCUGCUCACGAGAUAGGCCACGCCCUCGGCCUCGGCCACUCCCAGUACAAAAGCGCUCUUAUGGCUGCACACUACACCGGCUAUCAAGCCAACUUCAGACUGCACCCUGAUGACAUCAGAGGCAUCCAGGCUUUAUAUGGUAAAAGAAUCUCAAGCACAACCACAGAUGAAAAUAUUUAUACCACGUACCCCACAACCAUAUCACCUUUUCCGAGAGGAGAGGUUCUAGAUCCAUGUGAUGCCAAACUUGACGCCAUAAUGCUGGGUCCUUGGCGCAAGACCUUCGCUUUCAGCGGGGACUAUGUGUGGACAAUAACAGAUAUGGGCCAUAACCCUCCCAUGAAGAUCAGCCAGCUGUGGAAGGGGCUGCCAGGGAACCUCAAUGCAGCUGUGCACUCUCAGAGAACCAACAAGACCUACUUUUUUAAAGGUGACAAAGUAUGGCGGUUUACAAAUUUCCUGCUCGACUACAGAUACCCUAAAGAGCUGAGGAGGAUCCCUGCCAACAUUGAUGCAGCCUUGUAUUACGAGAAGAACAAGAAAAUCUUCUUUUUUAAGGGUUCAGGUUAUUGGCAGUGGGACGAAAUAGCUUACAAUGACCUCAGCAUCUAUCCCAAGCCCAUUUCCCGCCUUUUCACUGGCAUCCCAUCCAAUCCUGACGCAGCUCUCACGUGGGCCAACGGAAAGAUCUACUUCUUCAAGGGUGACAAGUACUGGCGCAUGAGUAACCAGCUGAUUGCUGAACCCGGAUACCCCCUCAGCAAGCGUGAGCGCUGGAUGAGAUGCAACCAGUGAACCACUAGAGGGCAGCAAAGACCUUGUGAGAACACUAUGCUUCAGAAUGGGGUGUCCGCAAUACUGUCACUGUACAACAAGACUUUUGGGUUUUAGAAACACAAGCUACGUGAUUAUAGCUGUUUUGGGCUGAGAACGGUUAACACUCGGGUUCCUCUCAUGCAGGCCUGAAGGACUCCUUUACUCAGCUCUUGAAGUCUCAGUUCAGUCGUGUUAUUACAUGGGUGCUCAUUUCAGGGAACGGACUUCAAACAUACUGUCGGUGCACUGAGAAAGAGUUGAAUACACUUGAGUACAUUUGCCACGUGUAUUAUAGUGUUUUUCUGUAGCAAAAAGUGCCUUGAGCUUUUCAUGGGUAAACGCUCAGGCCGUUCUCAGGCAAGAUGGGGGAUUUUUAUAUAUAUAUUUGUUUUAUUUCAGUUCACAUCACUCAGGCCUGUUGUUUGAUUUAGUUUUGCUCAGAAAUUUUCACCAAGUACUUUUACAAAAAGCAAAUGAAACAAGUUUUAUAAAGAAAAAAGUAAUCAUGUCAUGUUUUUUGGCCCUGAGCCAAAGUACCAAAGACUGUAUGCGGGCAAGAGAUUUUGUUAUUGGAGUGAAACGCUCUGCUUCUUUCAAUGUAGCUUCAUCGUUUCUGUAUGAUUCUCUAAGCUUUAUAAGGCAAAUCUGCAUCUUAUAAUUAUUAGCAUUCCAGAUUAGAUUUGAUACGUCUGAUGUUCAGUUAUGUUAACUAAUAAAUUUUAAACAUACAAGCACAAAAGAAACCUUGGCAUGUUUUUUUCUAGCAUUUUCAUCAUCAUUAAAUGACUAAUUUGGUGAAAAUACUGUAUAUUGCAAGUAUUGCAAAUUGCAUGUUUUAUGCAAUGUAUUUUCUAUGUGAAAA